GGCUACUGAGACAUGCGACUCUUGAGGUACAGGAUCGCAUUCCGCGCUCGACUGUCGCAGUGUGUAGACGGUACACCGCAGUGCAAAAGAUAGACGUAGUGCCUUCCGGUGAUACAAAACGGAGCCAUGGUGACGGGAACCAACAGUAACCCGGUGCAGAACAACCCCGUGUCCGCCCCCAGCAACCCCCCCAUGGAGAUGGCGUCCACCACCAAGAGGGUCAGUGAUAACAGAAGGAGCAAUAAACCGAUCAUGGAGAAACGGAGGCGGGCGAGGAUAAAUAAUAGUUUGAAUGAACUGAAGACGCUGAUUCUGGACGCCAUGAAAAAAGACCCCGCCCGACAUUCCAAGCUCGAGAAAGCCGACAUUCUCGAAAUGACCGUCAAGCACCUCCAGAACCUGCAGCGGCAGCAAGCCGCCAUGUCCGCCGCCACCGACCCGUCCGUCGUGAGCAAGUUCCGCGCCGGCUUCAGCGAGUGCGCCACCGAGGUGGGCCGCUUCCCCGGCCUGGACCCCAUCGUGAAGCGCCGCUUGCUGCAGCACCUCGCCAACUGCCUCAACCAGGGCUCCAAGCCCCAGGAGGUGCCGCAGGUGCAGGUCCACAUCGUGCCCAACCCCGAGGUGGCCCAGAACAACGGCAUCAUCCUCAGCAACGGCAACGGCACCGGGGUGCAGCUCGUGCCCACGCGCCUGCCCAACGGCGACAUCGCGCUGGUGCUGCCCACGGCGGCCGCCACACAAGGGGGCAGCGGGUCGCCGCUGCCGCUGCUCGUGCCCAUUCCGCAGCGGACGUCGUCCACGGCGUCGGCGGCGUCCUCGAGCUACUCGCCCAGUCACAGUCCCGAGCCGGAGGCGGCGUACCACCAGCCCAAACCGCUGUCGCUGGUGGUGCGGCGGUGCCAGGAGCCCUCGGAGGAGAAGCCGUGGCGGCCGUGGUAGGGGCGGGUUGUGAUCCAAGCGAAAUGUGAUACUGAUGAGAGGAGUGAUUCUUCUUGAGUUUGCCAUUUAGGUUAGGGAAAGCGUAUUAUUGUACAUAAGUGACGUUAUUUUGUUGUAUAUUGUGUACUUUUUUUAAAAGAUGUUAAGUUAUUAAUAUUUUAGGUUAAGAACGACGAUGUGCCUUAUCAACAGCAAGAUCAUUUAUGUCUUCCAUGUUGGUAAAUAUGAUGUUUAUAUUAAAUUGUAUCAUAUUUUUAAUAAAAACGUCUAUUUUAAUA